CCAGAAAAACGACAACGCGAGAAAAAUUAGUAUUUUUGCACUUCAACAAAUUAAUGACCAUGAGUUCGUUUUUGAUAAACUCCAACUACAUCGAGCCCAAAUUCCCGCCCUGCGAGGAGUAUUCGCAGCACAGCAGCAGCAGCAGCACCUACCACCACCACCAGCAGCCGCACCUGCACCAGCACCCCGCGCACCCGGGCCAGUCUCUCCCCGACUACUACCAGCGGCCCAGCAGAGACCCUGGAUACCAGCCACCCCCGCCACCUCCUCCUCCUCCCGAGGCGCUCUACCCCGCGCAGCCACCCGGCUACCCCGAGGCACCCUACAGCUACAGCAGCGCCAGCGCCACCCCGGGCCAGGAGCAGCCACCCCCGGGCGCCUCUCCUCCACCGCCGCCACCACCGCCACCACCGAAGGGGCACCAUGUCCAGUCCCAGCCGCUGCUCCAAAGCCACGUCCUGCAGCACCAGCGCCACUGCGAAGCAGCCCCCGCCGCAGGGACCGGGGCCAGCCCAGGCUGCCCCCUCCUGCCUGACAAGAGCCUGCCUGGCCUCAAAGGCAAAGAGCCCGUGGUCUACCCCUGGAUGAAGAAGAUCCAUGUGAGCACUGUCAAUCCCAAUUACACUGGAGGGGAACCCAAGAGGUCUCGAACUGCCUACACCAGACAACAAGUCUUAGAGCUGGAGAAGGAGUUCCAUUUUAACCGUUACCUGACCAGGAGGCGACGCAUUGAGAUAGCACACACACUUUGUCUCUCGGAGCGCCAGGUCAAGAUCUGGUUUCAGAACAGGAGGAUGAAAUGGAAGAAAGAUCACAAACUGCCUAACACUAAGAUGCGCUCCUCAAACCCAUCCACUGCUAGUCAGCAAGCCAAAGCACAGACACAGGGCCACCGCCAUCAACUCGAUGGGUCAACACCCAACUCAUCAGCCCUAUCAUGAUUUUUAUAUUUGUUUUUUCAGUUGCCUAUUUUUGUUGUUGACCAUUUGGACCAAAACAACUGUAUCCAGAAUCAGAAGAAACGUGCCCUGAACAGGGUACAUGUUGAAACCAAAACCUGGACAAAUUGUCUGCAUUGUACAGACAUAAUGGUUCCAUUCCCAUCAUUCUUUUGUAUUUAUGAAAAUACGCUGUACCUUCAGUGUCACAGGGUGCUGGAUGCUGUAAUGGAUGAAUUAUGUACUCAAGAAGGACUCUUUUGUACAUAACACUUUAAAAAUAAAAUACAGUUAAAAUAAUAACUCAUGAGACACUUGGUGUAAGACAUUGACUUGAGUUGUGUUGUUUCGUGCAAUGUUCGUGGAUUCUCCAGUAUAUGCAGACAGAAGAAACCAAAUUUUAUGUCAUGGAGAUUUUAUGAAAACUGACCCAUUACAGUCUGACAGACAAUGUUUAAUGUAACAAGAGUUAUUUAAUUGUUUUUAAGCGUAGCCACUGCGGUAGUUGUGAUAUAAUCGUUUCCCCCAUGUCUCCUAUUGCAUUUAUUUAAAAAUAUUAAAGGCUGUUGCUGUCUUCAUAUCUGGCACCUCUAACUGUUUCGGUUUGUGUACAAUUUGUGAAUUUUGGUGUGAUGUAUAUAUUGCCAAUACUGGUAAUAAAGAAUAUUCUGUACAAAAAAAAAUUAAAGGCUUCAAACACAAGUUCAUGUAAUGCUGUUUCCUAAACGUUAUGCUUUGCUGAUAUAACUACAAUUAUUUAAAAAUAACGGCUUAUCACAUUGUUUUAACUGGAAUUAAUCUUGUCAAUACAGUUGUUUGCCUUCAAAUUUAGUUAAAGAGAUGCUCAUGUUAGUUGCCUGCCUUCACAAAAAGUAGAGCCUACUUGAACAAGUAUAUGUAUUAUUUAUUGCCUCGAUGACUUGUCUCCUGUAGCAACCUUGCCAGAGGUUCAGUCUGUCUAUUCAUUUAUAUGUACAUGGCUAUUCCCAUCCUAUGCACAGAAAAAUAGAGCUUUCACACUGAGUCAAUGAACUGAAAUGAACUAAUUUACUUUAGUAGAACUAAGACAGCUAACCAUGAUACACUUUAAAAAUAUCUGGCCAGUCAUUAUUUAUUCGUUCACUUGGUAUUUAUUGUGACUUGUCAAUUCACUAUGAAGAAUUAAGGGGA